AUGGCCAAAUAUAUUGCCCGCUCUGAUUUUGAAUAUUGCGAGAUGGACACAGACUCCGCGUAUCUGGCACUUGCCGGCGAAAGUGUCGAUCACUUGACCAAACCCGAGCUCCGAGCUGAAUACGAACGCGAAAAACAUGAUUGGUUUCCGCGAAAUUACGGAAGUUCGACAAGCGCACACCAAGUUGUGAAAU